GUCGGUGAAAAAAAACGGCACAAAAAUGUAUUUACCGAUGAGUUUACCGACAGUAGUUAGCUAGUAACGGGUUGUGUAUUUUAUUUGUAUUUGUAUUACUUCACAACAACAUGGAUUUAAACACAGUUAACAACCGCUCUCCGAGGGAGGAAGGCGAGCUCGAAGACGGCGAGAUCUGCGAUGAUGAAACCGAGGAGAGUGUGCCGAUCCGGCGGCGGGGGGGGGAUGGGAAUAGCCGGCGUGGUGGUGGAGGUGGGCCUGGUGGUGGAGGUAGGGCUCCUCUACGGACACGAAAACACCACCAACACCCGCAUAAAAUGCUGCCACACAUGGGACACCCUCCGCCAGAUUUCCGCCUGUUAUUGCCAUACAACCUCGGCCCUUUCAUGCCACAGAGCCGGCAGCAGUGUGACUCAAGCGGGCCCGACCGGCCUCCCUCUCCGCUACAACCCCCGAUGCAGAUGCCGAUGCCCGGGCUCGGUCCUCACGGUGAGCCGCCGCCCUGCCAACGGUCCAACUUCUGGGAGCGGAGUCACGGAGCUCUGGGGAGGUUCAGGCACCGGGCCAUGCCGAACAGAGGAGGACGUGGAGGCGGCUGCUGGAACCGAGGCAACCGGGGAGGAGGUGGUGGGAAUAACCGAGCUCCCCCUGGUCGUUAUGGGCCCGGUGAGAGCCAUAGCAGCAACAAGAAAGAGUCUCCCUUGAGAAAACAAAAGCCGCUGGGAAGGAAUCAGAUGAGAAAAGCGGCUCACAACGUUGCCAAAUCAGACACCAGUGUUGAUGAGUCCUUCGAGGACUUGCUGUCAAAGUAUAGGCAGAUCCAGAUGGAGCUGGAGUGCAUCCGUAAAGAGGAGACCAUGGCUCUGGAGCCCGUAUCUUCCCCGGAGAGGGACGAGGCCUCGGACCACGCCGCCAGUAUUGCAGAAACCAAACCAGUAACUGACACGGGAAGCGUUCCCAGUCCCGGGGGAGCAGAAGAAACAGCGGAUAUGAAGAAAGUGUUCCAGGCUUUCAACAUCAAACCGCUCCGUCAGAAACUUCCAACGCCCGUUAACCUGGAAGAGCCGAAGAAGAAAUGUGGCGAGCAGGGGAAGGGCGGUGAUGGAGAGCAGGAGGGUGAAGAAGAAGGAGAAGUAACGACACUAGCGGGAGCAGAAACGGAGCAGAAAACUGACAAAGAGUCAGAGGAGACGAAGAAGACGUGUUCCUGCUUCAGCGAGGAGUCGGAGGACGACGGGAAGGAGAAAGCAAAGAAGGUGUGCUUGUGUCGGAGAACGUCGUCGGUGUCCAGCGAGGACUCUGCCGUCUCUCCAGAUAAGCCGGUGGUGAAGGUGGAGGAGGAGGAGCUGUCGGAGAUGCAGCUGCGUCUCCUCGCCCUGCAGUCAGCCAGUAAGAAGUGGCAGCAGAAGGAGCAGCAGGUGAUGAAGAGGAGCAGGGAGAGGAUCACCAAGGCGGUCCAGGAGAAGAGCUCCAGCCCCGCCGCCCUCGCCGCUGCUUCUUCUUCACCCAGCAGACAGGUGAGAACAGAGAGAGUCACCAGGUCCACCUCCUCUGCUGCUGCUGCUGCUGCCGCCAUUGCCGCUGUUGCAGAGAGGUACACCAGAAAGUCCAAGCCUGUGGAGCGGGAGCGGGACAGGACCAAGACCGGGGCCAGAGCUGCGGACAGAGACAGAGAAAGGCUAAAACCGAGCCUUAAACCUGGACCUAAAUCCCCGCUGGAGAGGAGCAGAGCUGCAGGGAAACAGCACAUGACCAAAAAGAUGAUCAGUCCAGGUGAGAAGGGCUCCGCAGCCAAGCAGGCCUUCAGGAAGCAGCAGCUGCGGACGUGGAAGAUGCAUCAGCAGCAGGAGGAGAAGCGGCGGCAGGAGGAGGACGAGCGACGCAAACGGGAAGACGAAAUCCGACGGAUACGAGACCUCUCCAACCAGGACGAGCAGUACAACCGCUUCAUGAAGCUGGUGGGGGGGAAGAUGCAGACCCGCAGUAAAUCCAGAGAUCGAGAACACAGGAAGUCAACGGGUAAAACAGGCCUGGACGCCUCAGGGAACCUCUACCAGUAUGACAACUAUGACGAGGUGGCGAUGGACACAGAUAGUGAGACGGGUUCACCAGUUGCUUCGCCAUCACACGCUGCGUCUGCUGCAGAAAACCCAGGAUGUUUCCCUCAGACGGCUCUCUAUAUGACAGACUCAGCUCAGUUUGCCAUGGAUUUCGCUCAGGCCUUCCUCUCCCCCAUGCUGUCUGGCGUUCCUCCCCCGCCGCCUCCUCUCCCGCCUCCGCCUGACGAGCUGGAGCCUCCUCCCAAACCGCCCUUCGCAGACGAGGAAGAGGAAGAGGAGAUGCUGCUCAGGGAGACCUGUCUCAUGUCUAUGGCCAACAAGAGGGUGCCAACCAGCGAGGAAAAGAUCAACAGCGGUCCUCCAUCUCCGAGCUGUCCGCCUGAUGCUCAGUAUGUUCAGCAGCCAACCAGAGGAAACCUGAGCACCGUCAGCCUCAACACGGUGCCGCCAUCACGCACCAACAAGUUCACCAGAGGACACCACGCUCCCAGAGCACCGCUACUGCUGCCCCGACACAAGUCUGUGGUGGUGUCGCUCAACGAUUCGGACGACAGCGACUCCGACGUGGACGCCUCCAGCUCCUCGCAGGCCAUGUUCGGAGGUCUGGAGUUCAUGAUCAAAGAAGCCAGGAGGACUGUGGAGGCAGCGAAACCUAAAGGUGCUUCAGGAUCCGAGAAGGAGAACAACCCAGUCAGAACUCCUGAAGCUUUACCUGAAGCCAAGAAGGCUGAGUACCGCCUGCUGAAAGAGGAGAUCGCCAGCAGAGAGAAGCAGAAGAUGUUGAAGGAUCACAGCUUGAGGUCUUCCUCGCCUGCCAUCUCCGAUACUGCCAUGGAGUUGUCCGUGAAGUCGGCUGCCGAGCUGAAGCUGACUGAAGUAGAGCAGGGACUCAAAAAACACAGAGAUCUGCUGCAGAAAGACGAGACCAUCCUCAGACAACUGCUGCAACAGGAGCUGAAGAAGAGGGAGUCUCUGAAGGCGGCGGAGACGAAGGUGGCCAAGCUGAAGGAGCAGCUGACGGCCUCCGAGAAGAUCGUCAGCGCUAACAAGACGCUGCUCAACAAGCUCCAGGAGCAGGUGCAACGCGUUGAACGCCGGGUGUCCUUAAAGAAGAGUGUGGCUGUUAGGUUGGAGCAGGAGUUGGCUCUGGCUCAGCAGGCCGUCGGCAGAGGCGUCAAGCGCAGACUGAACUCCAACCAGACUCUGCCCAAUAAGCUGCAGCGCGUAGACAGAGUUUCCCUCAACUCGGAGCGUCACUUUGCAGAGCUGAUCGCUCAGAAGCAGCGGCUGCAGCAGCUGGAGUCUGAGUACGCCCUCAAGAUCCAGAAGCUGAAGGAAGCUCAAGCUCUGCGCAACAAAGAAGUCACAGCAGAGCUGCCCGCAGAACCACGCUCUCGAGCCGCCACACCCCCUGAACCUCCGAGUCAGCUGCCUCCUCCCUCCAGCCCCUUAUCCCUGCCCCAGCCCUCCCUGCACGACCUCACCCAGGACAAACUCACCUUGGACAGUGAGGAUGUCCCAGAGACUGAAGAUCUCGAGUCCACAUCUGUACCUCCUGCUGCUGCUGCCGCCGCUACCAAAGGCGGCCGUCGACACUCCUUCCGUCAAACAAACCCCUCCACCAAACCUAACUUGGAGCAAACGAGCUCAACUCCAGCCAAAGAUGGCAACACUGCCAAGCCUGCCAAGACUGUAAGCAGCUCCCCUGAGCCUGCAGAGAUGAUUGCGGGGCUAGACAUGGACUCUUUAAAACUGAGAUACCAGCAGCAAGCACGGCUGGGAGAGCUGCUGCGGCUGGAGCUGCAGAAAGUGGGAGAACAUGUUGAUAACACCCCAACUGGAAAGGUGUUUUCAGUGGAGGUGGAGGCGGAGGCUGCGGCAGGAAACAAAGAUCUGAAGCCUGUUCCCUUUGGACCUUAUAACAGCCCUCUUCUAGUCUUCAGAUCGUACAGGUUUAGCCCGUUUUACAGGACAAAGGAGAAGUUGUCUCUGAGCUCCGUCACAUACAGCAACACUAUAGAACCAAAGACGUGUUUCUGUCGGUUUGACCUCACAGGAACCUGCAAUGACGACGAAUGUAGAUGGCAGCACAUGAGGAACUGCACUUUUACUGCAAACCAACUGUUCCAGGAUAUUCUGUCGUACAACCUGCCUCUGAUUGGCUGCACUGACAGCAGCUCGGUCGAGGACAUCAGUGCUGCAACAGAAAAAUAUAUGAAGAAGCUGUUUGGCACCAACAAAGACCGAAUGGGAGUCGACCAGAAAGCCGUCCUCCUUGUGAGCAAAGUGAACGAAAGCAAACGCCACGUCCCUCCUCAUACCACUUCUAAAGACAUGAGGAGGUGGAGACCGAAGCCUUCAGGGCAGAGUAAACUUCGCCCCAAGGACGACCCGGAGGAAGAGACGACAGGUGGAAACCCGACGCAGAGAAGAUACGAUGAUGGUUCAAAGACCAGCCUGUCUGCUCUGGAUGUGUGCGUCACCUCAGAGGACAAACGUUAUUUUAUCAGCGAGACAGAUGACAUAUCAAACCUGGAGACGAGUGUUGUGGAAAGUCCCCAAGAUGCUCAGCUUUGGAUUAAAUUAGCCUUCAGAUACCUCAAUCAAAACGAAAUAUCUGCGGCCGAGUGUUUGGAAGCCGCCUUGAACACGUUGUCUCGCGCUCUGGAAACUAACUGCGACAAUCCCGAGGUGUGGAACCACUACCUGUCUCUGUUCUCCAGGCGAGGCAGCCGGGAAGAGAUCCAGGAGAUGUGUGAGAUGGCUGUGGAGCACGCGCCUGACUACAGAGUGUGGUGGAACUAUUUGAACUUGGAGAGCUCGUUUGAGGGGAAGGACUACGUGUGUGAGCGUGUGCUGCAGUAUCUCCUCAACGAAGCGUCGUCCGGUGUCACAGAGAAACUGUCCUUCCAGCUGAUGGAGGCGCUGCUCUACAGAGUCGACCUCAACCUGUUCACAGGCAGGAUGGAGAGCGCUCUGGCCAUUUUACAGAACGCGUUGAAAUCGGCUCUCGACCGGAGCAUCGCUGACCACCUGACGCCAAGCGACCGGGCGUUGAUCUGGCUCUCUUACAUUCACCUGACUGAGUUCGACCGGCUGCCGUGCAGCCUGUACGACCCAUCCGAGUCCAGCCCGUCCCGACUGCUCAGCAGAGAGCACUUCCUGCUGCCCUGGGGAACGCCGCAGGACAUCAGCACGCCGCUCGACAUCCUCAUCGCUCUCUUCCAAGAUGCCAUCCGUCAGUGCAGCGAUGAGUCUUUGUCUCAGAGUGAGAGAACGCUGGCCUGUCUGCCGCUGUACUCAAACCUCAUUUUCCUCAACAAGCUGCUGGAGAGGUUUGAUGAGGGCAUCGCUCUGUGUGAGUCCCUGCUGGAGUUUUGUCCGGAGUCGUGCACGCUGCGAGACGCUCUGGCAGACCUUCACAUCAGCAAAGGAAACACUGACCAGGCAGUCAGCAUGUGGCUUCACGCUUUGGUAGAGUGUCCCAACAACGCUGAGGUCUUCUAUCACUCCUGCAAGUUCCUCAUGGCUCAGGAUCAGUCCAGCGCUGUCGUUCCUCUGUUUCGAGCAUUCAUCUUGUCUCUGUGUGAGGACGAAGAGAGUCAGAAGAAGCCUGUGGACGUUCUGCGGCACAUCCUCGGUUUUACCACUGAAGAGCUCCUGUCAGGUCCGAUCAUCACCAAGGAGCUUCAGGAGCAGCUCAACCAGCAGAUGCCCUACCUCCACCUGGUUCAUUGUCGCUGGCAGUGGCUGCAAGGAUCUGUGGACGAGACGGUGGACGCCUUCGGGAGAGCGCUGGGAUCAGCCAUGCCGCUGGAGGAGCUUCACAAACUUUGGAUGGAUUAUCUGGAGUUCAGCAGCAGUCAGCUGGCUCGCUCUCCAGCCAACAGUCAGUCCAGAAAGUUCUCAGAUCUGGUCCAGCGCUGUCUGAGCACAGUCCCGUCUCGCCUCGAGGUUCCCUUCAAUCCUGCAGAGUUCUGGACCUGCUACCGCUUCCACAACAAGGUGGUUUCUCUUUAUCUGAGCUGUCUGCCGCAGUCCCAACAUGCACUUGUUCUGGAGAGACUGCGAUACGCAAUGCCCAACAACACUGAACUGGGUCUCAGGUUGCUGCACCAGGAGUGGCAGGACGGAAACAUCGAGCAUCUAAAAUUCCAGGCCCGGAUGUUGACUAAUAACGCUCCGAAGUGUUUGGCCAACUGGAAAAUAGCGAUCGCUGUGGAGAGGGAGCUGAAGGAGAGAUCUGAGGUGCGACUUCUUUAUCAACAAGCCCUGCAGAACCUUCCAAUGUGUGCCGCCCUGUGGAAAGAUCUGCUGCAGUUUGAGUCAGCAGAAGGAGGUAACACAGAUAGACUGAGGAGGCUUGUGUUGAGGUGUCAGGAGGUCGGAGUGAGUUUAGUUGAGGUCAGAGCCGCUCACACUGAAGAUCUCGGACUCUCCAUCGUUCCUCUGAACAGCAGCAAGUUAUCAUAGCAUAAAGUCACACUGCAGAUAGACAGAGGUAAGACAGAGAGGGGGGAGGGAGGUGCCACCCCCCCCUCCUCCAGGACAACAGAAACCCUCUGCACGGAGGCUACUGCUGCCUUCUUAUAUCACCUCCUUACAUCAUGUACGUAAGUAUAGACCUGCUGAGUGACAGUGUUUACUUUGUCUUCCCUGUUUUGUUUCUGUCACUUUUCAUUUGGAUUUCAUUCCACCCCCACCCACCCCUUUUUUUUUUUUUUUUGGUUUUAUUUUGGUUUUAUUAUUUAAUUUACCCGGGAGGGGAGUUUGGAGGGAGGUGGGGGAGGGCUGUGAGCUCACUGUUGGUGUUUGACCCCCCCCACCCACCCUGUGUGUUUUUUUUAAAGGAUGUUUCCCCCCCUCCUGUAGUGAUGCUGCACGUUGUCUUUUUUUCUUUUGUCUCAAGGAGAAAACAAACAAAAAACAAACAAAAAAAAAAAAGAAAAGAGAACAAGUUAAAACUGAAACGAAAAAAAACAACAGAAAAACAAAAACAAACCACAAACUUUGAAAUUUGGAGCCCAGGUGGAGCACGGCUGCCUGCUAAGUAUUUUCUAUUUGGCUUUUCCAUUGUCCCGUGUUAUUUGUGAGACUGCCACAAAGACUGAUGGACGCUGUGACGACCGGCCGACGGGGAAGAGACCUCGCUCACAUGCUCUCAUGUGCAAUCUGUCGCUUUUUUUGUCAAAAUUAUUCUAUAUAAUGAUGAAAGAGUAUUAUUAUAGCAAGGAGAGGAGAAUCAAGUCCUUCCACUGUUGUUUUUUUAUAUGUUGGAUUUAAAUGUCAUUAAAUUAUUUUUAAA